CUUGUUGCUAAGAUCGUAAGUCGUCACAGCUAGGCUAACGCUAGCGACCAGUGUUAAUUGGAAUAAAUUUACGACUUUGAGCAUUUGAACAGAAACAUGGGGAAAAAACAUAAGAAGCAUAAACCGGAAUGGAGAACAGUUGACGACUAUGAGGACAAAGCUCUUGAGAAGCCCCUGAAGCUUGUGCUCAAAGUUGGAGGAAGCGAAGUGACUGAACUCUCUGGGUCAGGCCAUGACUCCAGCUACUACGAUGACAGAUCAGACCACGAGCGAGAACGUCACAAAGAAAAGAAGAAAAAAAAGAAGAAAAAGUCUGAGAAGGAUAAAGACAAAUAUGUAGAUGAUGAGGAGAGAAGGCGAAGAAAGGAGGAGAAAAGGAAGAAGAGGGAGCGGGAGCAGAGUGAAUCAGAGGCGGCAGCAGUGAAUGUUGCUAGUAGUAGUGGUGGUGGUGCUGGACCUGUUGAACCAUUCACAUUGUCAAAAAGUAUUGUGUUGGAGCCAGAAGAGAAAAAGAAGAAGAAAGAAAGGUUUGAAAUAGAGCCCGAAGGGGAGGAGUUUCACCCGACUGUGAAGGUGGACGUAGAACAACCAGGAGACAGGCCAGUCAGAGCGUGCCGGACACAGCAAGAGAAUGAGUCCACACCACGGCAACAGCUGCUAGAACACUUUCUGAGGCAGCUGCAGAGGAAAGAUCCCCAUGGGUUCUUUGCAUUUCCAGUAACAGAUGCAAUCGCUCCUGGUUACUCAAUGAUCAUCAAACAUCCUAUGGACUUCAGCACCAUGAAAGACAAGAAUAGAAACAAUGAAUAUAAAACAGUAACAGAAUUUAAGGCUGAUUUUAAACUGAUGUGUGACAAUGCCAUGGUAUACAACCGACCAGAGACUGUCUACUACAAGGCUGCAAAGAAAUUGCUUCACACAGGAUUCAAGAUGAUGAGCAAGGUAACAAGGUCAAGCAAACCAAAGGAACGGCUUUUGGCUCUGAAACGCAGCAUGUCAUUCAUGCAGGACAUGGAUUUUACCCAGCAAGCAGCCAUUCUGGGGGAUGAAGACCUGGCAGCUGACAUUCCUCCUCCAGAGACAAUCCGCAUUCCAAUGGAAUCUCCAAGGAAGCCCAGGAAACAGCCAGCCAAGGACAUGAAGGAAGUCAUCAGUUACCUGUAUGAACCAGAGGGAAACGCAUGCAGCUUGACUGACAGCACAGCAGAGGAGCAUGUUCUGGCACUGGUUGAACAUUCUGCAGAUGAAGCUCACGACCGCAUCAACAGAUACAUGCCAAACUCAAAGAUGGGGUAUUUGCGUAAGGAGCCUGAUGGUUCUCUUUUGUAUACUGUUGUAAAUCAACUCGAUCCUGAUGCAGAAGAGGAAGAGACCCAGAAAGUGGAUCUAAGUUCUCUGUCAAAUAAGCUUCUGCCUGGGUUAACAACCCUGGGCUUCAAAGAUGACAGGAGACACAAAGUGACCUUUCUUAGCAGUGCCUACAACAUCCAGAGCCUCCAGAAGAACUCUGUCUUUGCAGACUUGUUACCUGAUGAGAUGGACAUGCUCUAUUCAGCCUAUGGAGAUGACACAGGGGUUCAGUGUGCUUUAAGUAUACAGGAGUUUGUCAAGGGCUGCGGCGGUGUCACCAAGCAUUGGGUUGACGGGCUCCUGGACAAGAUGACCGCAGGCGAUCACACAAAAGCUGUCAAUCAGAUACGACAGAAGAGAAAUAUAAUGCUGAAACCUGACGAAACCAAGUCGAACAUCUGUGACAUGCAGAUGGCAGACGGAGCUGGCCUGGGAGAGGGGAGUUCAGUGCUGGAUUUCAUGUCAAUGAAGACUUAUCCAGAUAUGUCUCUGGAUAUCACCAUGCUUAACUCAUUAGGCAAAACGGUGAAAAAAGAGCCAGGUAAUGAGGAGGGCCAGCAGCCUUUUGAUGAUGCUGAUAAACUCCUGCAGGAGUUCCAAGAAGCGCAGGUGGACAGAGUUGGCUCCAGACCCUCAUCUAACCUGUCCUCACUCUCUAAUGCCUCUGAGAGGGACCAGCACCACUUAGGGAGCCCAUCUCAUCUGGGUGUUGGGGACCAGUCUGAAAUGGUUCAUGAUCCCUAUGAGUUCCUGCAGUCUCCAGAGCCAGAGAGCACAGCCAGCUGACCACACACUCUACCGCGCUGUUAUCCUGUUGCUAACCACUCUGGCUACUCUGUGAUGGACUGUUUAAUUGCAGUGAAGAAAGCAGGAGCCUCAGAUCUUUGUUAAAGUGUGAACAUAAGUGUACAGACUAGUGUAAUUGUAUGUUUUUGUAUGAGUUGCAGCACUUGAAAAAUAAAUGUUUGUGCCUGUGUU